AUGCUCGUGCCUCUUGAGAGGCAUACCCCAUCACCAAUCGUUCGUAACUCCCCACCCUCGCUAGCCGUGACGAACUAUACUGACGACAAUCCUAACCAACACCAACGACAUUCGAGGAUGCUCGACGCAUUCAAGAUCAAGCCAUUCGACCUCGAGCCCGUACUCGCGGAAUGGACCGACGGUCCCGUCUUCAAGGGCAACCCCAAGAAGGACCCUCCUGUUGAGGAGUGGCUAGAGAAGAUCAAGGAGGGCUGCACGGAGAGGAAGAUUCCUGAAGAGUAUUGGUACAAGGUCGGACAGCAUUUCAUGGGCCGUAAGGCGAAGGCACGGUUUGAUGAGGUGAAGCAAGUCGUUGCCAAGGUCAACGGAGGGAAUUAUCGCUGGACUUGGAAGAAGUUCAAGGUUGCGAUGACGAACAUGGGUUGGGAUAUCGAUCCUCAGGCUACGGAGACCAUCAAGGUCCAGAAGAAGGGCUCCGGCUUCUGGUUUACGAGGAAGAAGUCUGAAGAGAAGGGAGAGAGUAAGGAGCCUUCGGUAUCAUCAUCGUCGUCGACGGAGUCCAAACGCCCAUCGCCUCCUACCCGAUCCAACACUUUGCUCUGGGGCAAGAAGCCCGUCGUCGAAGAGCCCGAGGAGAUCUUCACCCCCGGCACUCGUCCUCCUCCUACUAGGUCCAAGACCCUGAUCGGAGACUCGUCCUUCUGGCUUAUGCGCAGCGCCACCAAGGACGAGGACAGCUCCAAAGACUCGAAGGACACGAAGGAGGGGAAGGAGAAGGACACGCGAUCCAGCCGUCCGGCGCACCAAAAAGCCAAAUCGGAGACUGCGGUCAGCAAACGCGCACAGAGUGAAAGCAGGAAGGACGUUGCGAAAUCCAACCCGUCGGAGGGUGAAGAAGGUACGACAGCACAGGCACCCGUGUGGCUGCUGAACGCUUGCAACGCGCUGGAUUUCUUGACAAGUGAACACCCCAAGGCCAUGAGUGUGAUUAGUGCCGUGUUGAUCACCGUUGGAUCGAUUCCUUCCAUCCCGGCUAUUAGUGCUGGCGCUGGAGGGGCAAUUCUUGCUUCGGGUGCUGCCCAUGCGAUCGGUGCUAUCGCAGUAGGCAUUGGUCAGGCGCUGGGUGCCUCUGCCAUCAAGAACACGCAGGAACGUCAGAACUCGAACGGAAACUAG